AUGAAAAUUAAAUCAACACGAUCUACCACUGAUUUUACACAAACAGAUAUUAAUUCUUUACUUUUAUUAACUAAAAACGAAAAACAACCAUUAUUAAUGAUGUCAAAUUCUGAACAACUUAAUAUUGAUUCUACACAAACAACAAUUGAUUUAAACAAAAAUGAUAAAACUCGGUCGCUAGGUCAUGAUUUAGAUGAUCAGCGAUCAGCUGAAAAUGAUCAAAAAUAUCAAUCUUCACUUCAACAACAAUUAAAUUCAAUACACAAAUUUGAUGGACAUGGUAAUCCAAAAAUUUGGUUAAAACAUAUUAUAGAAAAAUUUGAUUUAUUACAACUUACAACUCUUGAACGUAAUGAAUUAGUUUCAGAAAUUUUAACUGGUGAUGCACUUAUUUGGUAUAUUGAACAACAAGAACACAUGACAACUUUUAUUACAUUUAUGAAACAAUUUUUGCAAUAUUUUGGCAAUCAAGAAUUGAAAACAGAACCAUCAACAGAAAUGAUAUCAUCAUGUACGACAUCAAAGCAAUUAGGUGAUGCUCAUAGUCAAGAUACUGUUACAAAUUGCUUACGAACCCAAUUGUUAAUCACGAACCUCGAAAAAUUACAAAAAUAUUCUGGCAAGUUACAACAAAAUGUAUCGGAAUGGUUAAAACAAAUUCAACAAACAAUGAAUAUGUUUAAAUUAACUGAUGCUGAAAAAUUAUUUUACGUACCAUUAUGUCUAGAAGAUUAUGCACAAGAUUGGUUUUAUGAUAAUAAACAUUUAAUGUUAACAUGGACAAUUUUUACACAAAAAUUAUUAAAAACAUUUGAAUCUUCAGCAAAGGCUGAAAUCGCAUUUAAUCAUUUACGUCAUUAUGAACAAAGUAUCAAUCAAGAUGUAAGACAAUAUUAUUUUGAUAUUAUGAAAUUAUGUAAAGAAGCAAAUCUAUUAAUGGAUGAUGCUAGUAAAUUACAAUAUUUGAAGGAUGGUUUAAAACCUUCAUUACGUUUUCAUGUAUUAUUAAAAAAUCCACAAACUACAACAGAAUUUUUGGAAUAUGCUCAAACGAUUGAAGAACUUAAAGCAUUAGAUGAAAAACAGGACACUCAAUCAUCUUCAUUUAGACGACCAAGUUAUAACAAUUCGUAUUAUAACACUAAUUAUAAUAGCAAUAAUUCGUCUGAACGACAUGUAGCUGCUAUAACAACACAACGUCAAUAUUGUAAUUCAAUACCUAAACUAUCUUAUCAAUGUUAUAAGUGUGGUGCCAAUGAUCAUUAUAUUCGUGAUUGUCCACAUUUUCAAUAG